UAUCGUUCAUCAAUUCUAGGGCAGUUCAAUUCCAAGGAUGAAUGACCAUGCGCGUGUCUACAUAGGCACCGCCUUCAUAGCUGGGGCCCUCUUGACAUUGGGCUUCAAGGACCUUCUCUAUCCAGAGUUAGAGCAGCGCCUCCGAGAAUAUCGAGCUCGGCGUCAUGAUCAGUCUACAUCUGACUUACAGGACCUUCCCGCAGAUGCUCUAAUAGCUAGACCCGGUCCUCCUAUGAUUGUGGACGGAAUCGAGGGCUGCAUAGGAAAUACUCCCUUACUCCGAAUCAAGUCCUUGUCUGAAGCAACUGGGUGUGAGAUUUUGGGAAAGGCUGAAUUUUUGAACGGAGCUGGUCAGAGCUCUAAAGACCGUGUCGCGCUGAGCAUGAUUGAACUUGCUGAGGAACGAGGAAUAUUGGCACCUCAUUCUGGGGAUACAAUCUACGAGGGCACCUCCGGUUCGACCGGGAUCUCGUUGGCCACUCUAGCAAGAGCUAAGGGCUAUCUAGCUCAUAUCUGUAUGCCAUCUGACCAAGCCAUUGAGAAGUCAAACCUGCUUCUCAAACUAGGCGCUAUUGUCGAUCGUGUCCCACCUGCUCCAAUCGUGGAAAAGGAAAACUUUGUGAAUCGAGCACGAGCUCUAGCCAAUGUUCAUACAGCCACUUCUACGACAAAGCCAAACUUGGAAUCUUUGAUGCCGGACCCGCCAGAGUUUGCAGGGCCUAAAGCGGGAAGAGGCUUCUUCGCGGACCAGUUUGAGAAUGAAGCAAAUUGGCGCGCCCAUUUUGACGGCACAGGCCCCGAGAUCUACGCUCAGUGUAACGGAAGUCUCGAUGCAUUUGUUGCAGGCGCUGGGACUGGAGGCACGAUCUCUGGUGUGGCACUCUUUUUGAAGCCAAGAAUCCCUAACCUGAGUGUUGUGCUUGCCGACCCACAGGGCAGUGGGCUCUAUAACAGAGUCCGUUACGGUGUAAUGUUCGAUUUGAAGGAGAAAGAAGGUACUAGAAGACGGCGGCAGGUUGACACUAUUGUCGAAGGUAUUGGAAUCAACCGUGUGACAGCCAACUUCGAAGUAGGAAAAGAGCUGGUUGAUGAUGCUGUUAGAGUGACAGAUGCCCAGGCCUUAGCAAUGGCCAGAUGGCUGGUAGAAAAAGAUGGCAUCUUUGUCGGAAGUAGUAGUGCUGUAAAUUGUUUCGCGGCAGUUAAGACAGCGAUGAAACUUGGCCCGGGCCACAAAAUCGUCACAGUUCUUUCCGAUUCUGGUUCAAGACACCUUUCAAGGUUCUGGGCUAGAGCCGGGGAUGUCGGCGGCGCGGUAGACACGAAACUGGAGGAUGUUUUGGAUGCCAAGGAUGACCAAUAAUAACCCGUCUAUUGUACAUUAUAUUAAGUGCGAUAGAGGACUUGUCACUGAGCUGCUGUGAGGCCUAAAGCACUCUUAGCAACGUCACUUUGAUGAUGGUAUUCUGUAAAGUGGAAUCUUCAGUGGCUGGCAAUACUUGGUUCUAUGCAGGGCCCCGCUACCAUGCUUCACUUGUUGGGUUUUAACUGCAGGUUUGGUUGCCCAACAG